AUGGCGGGGCGGCGGCGAGGCGCGGGGCCCUUCUGGGCGCUGGGCGGCGCCGUGCUGGGGGUGUGCCUCGCGGGGGUCGCCGGGCAGCUGGUGGAGCCCAGCACGGCUCCGCCCAAGCCCAAGCCGCCCCCGCUGACCAAGGAGACGGUGGUAUUCUGGGACAUGCGCCUGUGGCACGUGGUGGGCAUCUUCUCGCUCUUCGUGUUGUCCAUCAUUAUCACUCUGUGCUGUGUCUUCAAUUGCCGCGUGCCACGGACCCGGAAGGAGAUUGAAGCCCGGUACCUGCAGCGAAAGGCAGCCAAGAUGUACACGGACAAACUGGAGACUGUGCCACCCCUCAGUGAGCUCACAGAAAUCCCUGGAGAGGAUAAGAAGAAGAAGAAGAAGGACAGUGUGGACACAGUGGCCAUCAAGGUAGAGGAGGAUGAGAAGAACGAGGCCAAGAAGAAGAAAGGAGAGAAAUGAGGAGCGCUUCCUGGAGGUGGCAUGCAGGGCUGGCAGGCCCCGGGGCUCAAGUCCUGGCCAGGAUCCAGGCCCCUUAGACUCCCAGCUCAUACAUGGACCAUAGAGGUUGCAGAACAUUGUCUCCCUGCUCAGAGGGGGAGCUGAGGCCCAUGGCCAUGUCCUUACGGCCCAUCAGGGGCAGGGACAAGACUACACCAGAUGUCCAGCCUCCCAGCCUGGACUCCGCUGUUUUCACCCCAUCCACACGGCCACUCAGCAACACUGGUCUUGGGCCACUGUCUGCAGAUCCAGAGCAGCCUCACACCCACCCACCCAGACAUGCCUCUGCCCCACCCCUUCUGCCAGAAACAGCAGUGGCUAAAGGAGUAAUGGGAUGUGGGUUCCCUUCUGGAGGGGGAUGGCUGAACUGGAUGAGCUGGGGUCUGAGGCCACACUCAGGCUGGCCACGAGGAGGGAGAGGGUCACUUGGGGGAGUUGUGGCAGCAGGAGGUUCCUGGACUUGG